AUGGCCUUUCAGUUCCUUUGGGUUUUAGUCUUCACUGUCCUCCUGGCUUUUGGAAAGGCAAAUAGCAUUUUAAGUGAAGUUUGCAAUCCAGAUGACCUUCAAGGCUUGACAAGUUUCAAGUCCGGAAUUUCUUAUGACAAUUCAGGUCGUUUGGAGAAGUGGGCUGGUCUCAGUUGUUGCCAAUGGGAAGGCAUUUCUUGUGACAACACAACCGGCAGAGUCACACAAAUAAAUCUCCCCGGUUUCAUCACACAAGAAGGCUUGGUUCUUCAGACACAAAUGCAAGGCUCAUUAUCUCCUUCACUUACCCUUCUGUCAUCCCUUCAAGUGCUUGACAUUGGAGGGCAGUUUGGUCUUUCUGGCUCAAUCCCAACAUCAAUCGGUCAAAGCCUUCCAAAUCUCCAAAAGCUCAUUCUCUACAGCAACAUUCUCACUGGUCCAAUCCCUGAGAGCAUUGGUAAGUUGUCCAAACUUGAAGAACUUGCACUUCAUGAGAAUCACCUAUCUGGGUCAAUCCCUCCAAGCUUGGGAGGCCUAAAGAAUCUCAAGAGAUUGUUUCUACACACAAACAAUUUUUCUGGUGUAAUUCCUGGUGGGGUUACAAAAUUGACCAAUUUAGUGCAAUUGGAUCUUCAUGCAAAUUCUCUUAGUGGUAAUAUCCCAGAAAAGAUUGGAGAUUUGCAGACCUUGAAAGAGCUUGAUCUCUCAGAAAAUCUUUUGGGUGGUAAUAUUCCAAAUUCUAUUAGUAAUUUGACUUCCAUUUCUGUCAUGUACUUGGACCAAAACUCUCUUGAGGGUCCAAUUCCUUUCCCAUCAAGUCCUGGCCAAUUGCCACUACUUGGCUUUUUGAGGCUGCAAAACAAUCAUCUCACUGGGAAAAUACCACCAACUUUUGGAAAUCUUGUGUCCAUGGAAAGACUCUCUCUGGAAAACAAUAAGCUUGAAGGAGAAAUCCCUUCUAGCUUUGGUGAUUUGUCAUCUUUAUCAGAGCUAUAUCUUCAUGGGAAUCAAUUAUCAGGCCAAAUUCCUGAAUCAAUUGGUCAGCUUUCUAAGCUCAUAAUGUUGACUCUCUCCAAUAAUCUCAUUGAAGGACCGCUUCCUCCUCAGAUGUCUUCCCUCCAAAACAUUCAAACACUUGACUUGUCUUUCAAUUCUCUUAAACUGUUUUCCAUCCCAAAAUGGAUAGCAGAAUUGCCCUUUCUUUCACGGCUGUACUUGGCUGGUUGUCGAAUCGAAGGCAAAAUCCCGGAGUUUUUGCAAAACACUCCAAGCCCAAUUCAGGAACUGGACUUGUCAUCUAACAAUCUCACUGGCUCAAUGCCAACUUGGCUUGGAAAACUCUCUCGGCUCUACUCACUCAACCUGUCAAGGAAUUCGCUCGAUUCGGAGAUACCCGAUUCGAUAUCGAAUUUGAAGUAUCUGGGUGUGCUUGAUCUGCACUCAAACAAUCUAAGCGGCUCAAUAAGGCGCGUUCUUGAAAUGGGGUCAUAUUUGACAUACAUUGAUCUCUCUAACAACAACUUUUUAAGUGGAAUUGAGGAAAUAGCAGACUCAGAAGAAGAUUUUGAGAUUCGAUUUCUCAACUUGUCCAACAACUUGCUGCAAGGAAAAUUACCAAACUCCAUAGGGAGAUUCAAGUCAUUGCAGAGUUUGGACUUAAGCUCAAACAGGUUGAGUUUUGGCUUGCCUGAUGCCAUAGCAAGUCUUAGCUCCUUAAACACACUGAAGCUGCAGAAGAACAGGUUUACUGGGGAAAUUCCUGAUGGGUUUUUGGAGCUGAGAAAGUUGAAGGAAUUGGACUUGUCAGAUAAUCUUCUUGUUGGUGAAAUCCCAAAGGGUAAACCUUUGAGUGACUUUCCCGCUACCUCUUACAAGGGUAACAAAGGGUUAUGUGGGAAGCCUCUCAAACCAUGUAUGUAA